AUGCAAUUUGGAUUNGAACCUUAUAAUGUAAUUUUGGCAACUUAAUAUAUAUAAGAGUUUGCAGAUGUUUGCAUUAUUUUAGAUAAUCAAGCCGUUUCUGAAAUUCGUAAUAAGAUUUAUGAUAUUGAAUGUCCUAGUCAUACCAAUUUAAAUACUUUUACAGCCUAAGUUUACUCUUCAUUAACUGCUGCUUUAAGAUUUAAUAAAUCUCUAUUUUCAGAUAUUAAGAAUUUUAAACUAAUCUAGUUCUACCUCGUCUUCAUUUUAUGUUAUGUUCUUACUCACCUAUUUUAUCAAAUUGGAAUACUAGUUUUUAAUAACCAAAAACUAAUGAUAUUUCAAUUUAAGUAUUUGAACCAUAAAUAUGAUGGUCAAAUGUAAUACUUUAUAGGGAAGAUUUCUGGCUUGUUCAAUAUUAUAUAAAGGGGAUGUCAUUCCAAGGGAUGUACAUUCAUCAAUUGCCGAUUUAAAAGAUAAAUAAACAUUUUAAUUUCUUGAUUGGUGCCCAAUUAAUUUAAAAGUAGGUAUUAAUUACAAAGAUCACUGCAUAAUUCCAGAUGGAGAAAUAGCAAAAGUUGUCCGAUCAGUCUGCAUGAUAUCCAAUACAACAGCUAUUUAUGAUAUUUUCCCAAAAAUUCGCCAAAAGUUUUGA